AGGCUCCCCCCGGACUUCUCUGCCACUUCAAGUGUUCGCUACACCAGUUCUCAUCAUGGCCGACGCGGAGGAGAGGUUAGGCGAGAGAGCGGACGAAGAUCCCGCGGCUAAAAACUCUCAGGCGAGGCGCAGGACGGGCGCAGACAUGAACGCUGCGGGAAGGCUGGGGGAUCCCCAGGGGUCGGAAGAGAGGCCGGCGCCGGGCGGGCGGCAGACGGCCGCGGAGUACUGCGGCAAGGUGCAGGAGUGGAUGUGGCAGUACUACUGGGGGUGUAUGAACUGGCAGAGCUGGGCGGCGAUGUCGGCGUACGCCUUCCCGCCGUGCUCCCUCUCGCCGCCCGCUAACCCGAACGGCUCAGCGCCCCCCUGGGGAGGAGGAGGGGGGCCUUCCCCGGCCGAUGUACGGAGUUGGUACAGCAGUCAUUUCCCUUUCGCCGCGCCUCCGUAUUUCCCUGUCCCCCCUGCGGGUCACGCUGCAGCCGGGGCGCAGGCCGGGCAGUUGACCGCGGGGGACAGGCCGGUACUGCAGCAGAAUGGAAAUGCACCGCAGCCGGGACGAGAGUAUACCAUUCCGUCUCCUCUGCACAGGUUCAUAGCAGAAAUGGUCGACUUCUUCAUCCUUUUCUUCAUAAAGGCAACUAUCGUGCUCAUCAUCAUGCACUUCAGUGGCAUGAAGGACAUUUCCAAGUUUGCCAUGCAUUUUAUUGUUGAAGAGAUUGAUGAGGACACCUCGAUGGAAGAACUGCAGAAAAUGAUGGUCGUUGCGCUGAUCUACAGGGUGUUGGUGUGCUUCUAUGAGAUCAUUUGCAUCUGGGGAGCUGGUGGGGCCACUCCAGGGAAGUUUCUGCUGGGUCUCCGCGUUGUCACCUGUGACACAUCGGUUCUUGUGCGGCCCAAUCGGGUUUUUGUGGUACCGGCGUCGAACGUCACCUUGUCUGCGUCGACCGUGCGAGCCCUGAACAAAAAUUUCUCCAUUGCCUUCUUCUUUCCUGCCUUCAUCACGCUGCUGUUUUUCCAGCACAACAGAACUGUCUACGACAUUGUGGCUGGCACCAUUGUGGUCAAGCGCAGCGGUGCCAGAUGACCGCAUUGGCCUCAGUGUGUGAUGCUGGCAGGGCUUAUGGUAUGUGCUGCCUUUGAAUACCACAGGGUCUCGCAUUUCCCAGCCAUCGUCUGGGCAUGAGAGAGGACAAGGAUGAGGGCGAAGGAGCAACAGGGGGCAGCAGCAGGAUGGACACUUGAAUUCUUAAGGGUGAUCUCGUGCAGUAAGUCCAAAGUGUUGCGCUACUCAAGACUCGAGACUCCCGCGUGCCUAAGAACAGAGAUACACCAACACUGCUGUUCCGUACAAAAUCCUCGUUGACAGCUUUAUUUUUUUAGAAUCCUUUUAUUUCCCGGAGAACGAAGUACAAGUCUUCCCAGUUUGUCUUUGGAAGGAUUUUCAUUUAACCAAAGAGAAAUGGCCGAACACGUAAUGUCCCGUUUUGGAGGCAGAACUACGGUAUAUAAAAGGCAAAAGGGGCCACAGUAAAGUAACUUGUUGGUUUCACAAUGAACGGCAGGGGGAAAUGGAGUGUGUUAUGAAACUGGAUUCAAACAGCGCUUACUGAGGGGUGAUUUAUGAACUGAGUAACUUCCAGUAACACUUUUCUGUAACCGUGUCCUUCAGUCAUUAAAGGUCCUUAUUCAGGCAGCAGCUUGACAGGAAUAGUGUUGCCCAGUUCUGCCAGAGUCAUUGACUUUCAUUCACCCCAUGAGCCUGCGUUGUGAUUGGAGAUUGCCGCAUCCGUCCUCCGAUCCAUACCGCCGGGCCGUCGUGAGACUUGCAAACUGGAAAAGCUACACAGGGCUUAAUUUGUCUGAAGGCUUGAAGGAAACCACUCGGUAACACAAGAUUAAAAUGGUGAAGCCCCUUUGAUUAGCCAUUGACCAGUCCCGGUUGAUGGGAUGCAAAGGAAGAAUUGGUUGUUUCGAACAGGAUCGUCCGGUAAUGCCUUUAUUAAUGAAGUGGAUGCAUUGGCAGUAGAGCCCUUUGGCGUCACAAAAUGUUAACAGAGGUAGGUUUAGGUUUAAAGAUGAAAACUAAGGUUUUGUUUCGAUGCCUGAACUGCGUUUCAUUAAACACUAAAUAUAGUUAUGUACUUGCAAAUAUGAAAUCGGCCAAAAAAAUAAAUGUGAUUAGUCGGACCAAUAACUAAUCACUGAUCACCACUUCACUUUGAUUUCAAACGGACUUUAAGGUGAACUGAGUUAAACCUCAGCUCCAUAGCAGAUUUGUUCUUGCUCCUGCAGAUUUGAUUUCUACCUCCACAUGUAGGUUUUCUGUUCCCCUUUAACACCUUAUGGUUGCUUCCCCUAGAAAAACAUUCAGAAGACAUGACAGGGGCUUUAUUCCCUGAAUAUUUCACCAGUGAGCUGGUCAACCAGGGGCAGGUGGGAAGACGUGACUGACUAGAGAAAUGCUACAGCUGUAGUUCUUAGUUCUUAGUUCUUCAUCCCACUACAUAGAUGUUUCAUUUUGCCAGAAAAUACUCCUCCUACACUGCUCCUACACUGUUAUUUCUGGUCUUUCAGAGAUUAACUUCCAUAUUGAAUCCAAUUGAUCAAAGUGAGUAAAAUUCACAUUCAGGUGUUCAGAAAUAGCUAAAUUACAGUACCUGUUGGAUGAGGACCGACCUCUCUUUGUUUGAUCAUGAAGUUCAUCUGGCUGUUUCUGCACUUUUAAUUUUUGUUUUAAAUUGUAAUGGUAAUCUUAGCUUUUAGGCUUACAGCUGUCACCUUGUGGACAGACAUGGUCUCAUUCAUUUAAGGAAUAUUUCUCCAGCAGAAAGGACAUUUGCCCAAAUGCCUGGAUUUGUACAUCUUGCUUUUUUUUGGUUAAAAUCUUAACAUUUGUGAUCAACAUAUCAGAACUUUAUAAAGAAAAUACACUUUUUUUUAACAGUAAAACGUUGUAUUCUAAUAUAUGAGCAUGACAGUGAAGAGGUGUUCUAGAGGCUGGGUCAUAUUGUCCACUGCUGUUAUUCAUUUUGGACUAGAAAUGCAAACUUACCAUCUUCCAGUGUUUUUCAAUAAAUUUGUUGUGCGGUAAUUUUAAAUGCUCACAUUUGAAUCAUAAGCCUGUUAAAUUCUGACGGUGAAAUCCUUUUUUGCAGCUGUAAUUUAUUUGUGCACCAAGUCGGGUUUUUGAUGCGACACAUCCAGGGUUCUGAAGUGUUAAUUGAUGUGGGAGCCUUUCAAAAACCUGUUUGUACGAUAUGAAAGAUUCAGGUACGGCAAUGUCUGGGCAGAAAAUAUUAUAAAUAAGAGAUCCUAAUAAUCAAAGUUUCUUGAUAAAUUAUUUUCUCUAAUGCAGAGCUUUACAGUACAACACUAAAAUAUAUUUAUAAGUGCUUUUAAACUUUUUCUGCCUUACAGUAUUUCAGUAGACUUUUUCAAUGAACUCCAGUCCAGUUUUGUUUUGCGGUAUCGAGCCCUUCACAAUAAAUUCCAGUAGAAUGCUUCCACAGUUCUUAUAUUUUCCAGGCAGUUCUUCAUUUUGGCUGUAUGCGAUGUUCUUAUGCUUUUUAACCUUGCUUUAAAACAAGUCAAAAUGCAAAAUGGUUGUGUAAGUUAGUCUCAUAUGAUGGUAUCCAAAAUGCAUGCAUCAGAAUAAUGUAUAUCGCCAAACCAAGAGUGGGUGUCAAUAAUAGUCCAAUUAUAAUAGAGAAAAUUUACACUUUUUUCCCCCACUACCCUGCUGCAUUAAAUGUGCAGUGUAGAGUAUCGGUCUUCAUUGCAGGGAUGAAUCAUCUUACCUUCUCAAUGAACUGGACAGAUGCAGAAACAGAUCAGAACAAAUCCUCCACUAGAGAAGCUAUAACAAUGCAGAAACUCCACACUGGUUUACUUUAAGUAUAUUGACAUCCUGAAUUUGGGUCCCAUUCUUUCUGAGAAGUUCUCUGCAUUUCUUGCGUUUUCAUUCCAACCAAGACAUGCAUCAUAUAUUGUUGGAUCGUUGCUGACACUCAUGCUUGGGUUUCUUGUUCAGUCUUUAAAUUGGUAAAUAGUUAUAAAGUUGGUAACUAUGCUACUGUUUCAGGUUUAUAGAUAAAAACGAAGUCUUUGGUACUUUAAUAUUUUUGUUUUCAAAUAUAAUAUGAUCUAAUAUUAAAGAAUGUAUAACAAC